CCCGCUUUCCUCCAAAAUCCCACCCCUCACCAAUUGACAUUCCCCACCCUCCAUCCGCACAGCAACACUCCCAGCACAGAGCGCUGUACCCAACCAUCCCUCAAACUCCCUAACUUAUAUCCCCGAAACAGAAACAAUGUCAGACAGCGAAGACGACGUCCCCCUCCUCGCGCGUCGCAGCGCAAACAAACCCACCACCACCACCUCCGACUCCCAUCCACAAUCACCCGCCAAACCCGUGAAAGACGAACCCGCCGCCGCCGCCGCCGCGCACGAUGAUGAAUCGGAGUCGGAGAUUCCGUUGGCGCAGCGGAAGAGGGCUUUGAGUGGUGGUGGGGCGAAAACGACGACAGCGAAGAGGGGGAAGAAGGUGGUUGAGUCGGACAGUGAUUCUGAUGUGCCUUUGGCGAAGCGGUUAAAGAAGGAACCGGCGGCGAAAGCGAAGACGAAUGGGACGGCGAAGACAACGUCCCGAAAACGCACAAAAGCCGACGUGGACUCCGACACCAGCGACGCAGCGACUCCCGAAAAGAAACCGCGGAAAAGCAGCGCAAGCACCAAAAAGAAGGCGUCCAAAAUCGACACAUCCAUAACACCCGUCGUCGUCAAAGAGGGCACGGCCGGCGAUCCAGCGGCGACAGGCGCAGCAAAGAAAAAGGCAGGAAAGAAAGGGGCCGCAACGAAGGAUGAAGAAGAUGCGCCGGCUGCAGAGGAGGAGGAUGAUUUCAGCUGGCUGGACAACAUGAGCGCGGAUAACAGCAUCAAGUGGAAAUCGCUGCAGCAUAAUGGCCCGCUGUUUCCGCCGCCGUAUGAGCCGCAUGGGGUGCAGAUGAAAUAUGAUGGCCAACCGGUGGAGUUAUCGCCGGAUUCGGAAGAAGUCGCGACGUUCUAUGCGGGCGUUAUGGGCACGGAUUGGGACCGGAAUCCAAAGUUUCGGCAGAACUUUUUCAAAGACUUUCUGGCGAUUUUGGCAAAGGAUAAGAAGAAACCGCCAAUCAAGAAGAUUGAAAAGUGUGAUUUCUCUCCGCUUGCCGAAUAUCUAGCACAGGAGAAGGAACGGAAGAAGAAUAUGAGCAAAGAGGAGAAACAGAAAAUCAAAGAAGAAAAAGCCGCCUUAGACGAAAAAUACGGUAUCGCCUACGUCGACUCCCACAAAGAGAAAGUCGGCAACUACCGUAUCGAGCCCCCUGGCCUCUUCCGCGGGCGCGGCGAGCACCCCAAAACCGGAUCCCUCAAAACGCGCGUCCUCCCCGAGCAGGUCACCAUCAACAUCGGCGAGGACGCCAAAGUCCCCGACCCGCCCGCCGGCCACAAGUGGGGCAAAGUGAUCCAUGACCCGACGGUGACGUGGCUGGCGACGUGGAAGGAGAAUGUGAAUGAUAAUACAAAGUAUGUUUUCUUGUCGGUGAAUUCGAGGUUUAAGGUUGUGAGUGAUCGCGCGAAGUUUGACAAAGCGAGGGAGCUUAAGAAAAAAGUGCACGAAAUCCGCAAAGACUACAUGCGCGAAAUGAAAGACAAAGAAAUGGGCAACCGCCAGCGCGCAACCGCCAUGUACCUCAUCGACCAAUUCGCCCUGCGAGCGGGCAACGAAAAAGGCGAAGACGAGGCCGACACCGUCGGUUGCUGCUCAUUGCGAUACGAGCACGUUAUCCUGGAACCGCCUAACAAGAUCCAUCUGGAUUUCUUGGGCAAGGACUCGAUUCGCUUCUCGAAGUGUCUGACGGUGGAGGAGGAUGUGUUUAAGAAUAUCAAGAUUUUUAAGAAACCGCCGAAGAAGGAGGGGGAUGAUUUGUUUGAUCGGUUGACUACGGCCUCGCUCAACAAACACCUCACAAAAUACAUGCCGGGCCUCACCGCCAAAGUUUUCCGCACCCACAACGCCUCGGCAACCUUCCAACUCAAACUCAACGAGCUGACCCCCGCCGACGGCACGAUCUCCCAAAAACUCUACGCCUUCACCGAAGCCAACCGCCUCGUCGCCGUCCUCUGCAACCACCAAAAAGGCGUCGCGAAGAAUUUCGGAGAAGCGAUGGCGCGCUCGCAGAAUGCCGUCCUUGGGGUCAAAUACGAGCGGUCGUUAGUCAAAGCCCAGCUUCUUGACCUCCUAGACGCGAAAUCGAAGAAGAAACGGCCGGAGCUGAGCGAAGCCGAGGAAGGGGUCACGCCCGAAUUCAUCAAGACGUACCUGGCAGCGAAAGAGGAAAAGGAGAAAGUGAAGCUGGAGAAGAUGAAGGCGGAGAACAAGGAGGUGAAGGUGAAGAAGGAAGCGCCCGCGCCGACCGUGGAGCGGCUGGAGAAGAUGCUGGUGAAGUUGAAUGAGCAGGUGGAGGCGAAGGAGGAGAUUGUGCGGAGAAAAGACAUGACGAAAGACACAGCCCUGGGAACUUCCAAAACCAACUACCUGGACCCGCGGAUAACCUUCGCCUGGUGCUCCAAGCACGGCGUCCCCGUCGCGAAGGUGCUUCCGCAGGGGCUGAGGGUGAAGUUUAAGUGGGCGGAGGCGUAUAUUAAGAAGCAUGGGGCUGAUUGGCAAUUUUGAAAACAAGCAACCGCAGCCCCAUCAAUCUACCAUGUGGGCCUAGCUCCCAUAUCGCAAACGAUCCACCUUUGAAAAACAUUACAUCCCCCCCCCGGUCACCUUACGUUCUCCAGUGUAGAAGUGGUGUGGGGUGAGGACAACAUCGCGCUCCUUUGUUCCCUACACUCUAUUUCUAUCUGGCUACCUUGGUUCGGGGGGGAAUGAACUCUACACAAUUUUCUCCGUAUGACUGGUUGUGUAUUGUAAUAAAGACAUGGGACGGACCGGGGGGAGACAUCCUCGCUAUACCCGAAUGGAAAUUCAUAUUCUUUCAAAAAUUCCUACAAAAAAAAAGUAAGAGAA